AUGGAUGCCUGUGCGUCAUAUAACUUGCCACUCCGCCUGCAGGCGCCGAUAAAGACAACAUCCGCUGACUCUGCGUCCCGAGGAAGGCGUGAACAUCGCAGCUUCUCUGGUACAGCAACCAAAGAAAGCGCAUCUGGAGCUGCAGAAGACACUGUUGGAAUUAGAAAUAACAGUAAGAGUGACUCGGCAAGCGUGGCAAAGAAAUCUCCCACAAUUGUGAACGCAGAUGACACAACAGCAGAUGCAAUCGGAAGCCCGGUUGCACCUGAUAAAUCUGUCUCUGGGGGUUGCAGCGACGGCGUUGCACCACGUGUAGAUGGCACACAUUCAGACGUGUUAUCGGUGCCUUCCAAGCCUGACACUGCCCCCAAACGUCGUAAAGCGUCCGGCAAGUCUAGUACAGUUGACACUGUACCAUCCGCCGGUAAACGUGCUAAAAGUAAAGUUGUGAAACAGUCCUCAACAUCUGACACCGAAUUGAAAUCCGACUCAGUUGUGGAUAAUGGUGCGGUUGAGCCAUCUGUCACAGAAGCUCAGGCACGUGCGUUGGAUGCUGCGUUCGAGCUGAGCGAAGGCGAGUCGCUGGACUGGAACAACAAGCAACUGUGCAAGGUCUCUCAUCGCAAUUUCCUAUUGUACGCCUACAAUCAGCUCGACAUGGCAACAGUUGUGAAAAUAACGAACCAGGUGCUUGCGGCGUAUCAGACCCUGCCCCGCCGUCGCAAGGCUUCUCAGCGGCGUCAAUACGUGCAACGUUUUCUGCGCUGCAUUCGGAAGCAUAAGCCGCUGGAAGAUCAUCGACAGCUAGCGCGUUGGCUGCUGCGGUGUAUCGAUCUGCUAACGUGCGACGAUCUGUAUUCAAUGUUGCGGGUUCGCCAUAUCCUGAACUACGACAACUCGUUUGAGACGUUUCGUGCCUCUUUUGGCAUGGAGAAUUUCGAAUCGUUCUCCAACGUGCGCACGAGCAAGGUGCAACAAGACAAGCUUAUUGGAGAGAAGGCGUUGAAGAGUCGCACCGCGCAGCGCAACCUUCUGAUGCGGCACCUGAAGAUCAACAAGUUCCGUUUUCUGAAGGAUCAGAACGUCACGAAAGCAGUCUACGAGGCUAACAUCGACUGGGUUGAUGUCGGGGUAUCCACUGCAUCAUUAGAGCCCGAACGGUUUGCCUUCGUUUACAAUCUACCGUUCAUCGAACACGGAGAAUUGAAUGCAGCGCUGCAUGAGGUAUUGACUCGCUUUUCAAAGGUGAGGCGCAUCGACAUCUUCUCUGAUCGGCUUCCGCCCCUGACCACGCUUGUAAAACGUUCAGCGGUUGCGCGUAACUCCGCUCCCCCGCCGCGUGACAAAUACUCGCCACUAUACGCAUUAGUGGAGUUCGAGAGCAAGGCGGAUCGUGACUACAUUUGCGACGAACACAUUCGUGUUUUCGGCUUGCUAUGUUGUGGUCGCGUGGUGUACCCCGAGUUCGCGGAACGGAAGCACAGUCUGUUGACUGCCAUAUGUCCUCCAUUCAGGCGCAUGGCUGACGCACUGCAGUUUAUCGCGAAUGCGCUGGUAGAGCAGCCAGUCUCCACCAGUGCCGAAUCCGCAUUUACGGAUCAUCUCAUAGGACAUCCUUCUACGCAACCCAUCCCUACGGAAGAAUUGGGGGCUAUGCGUACCUCAAAUUUGGCUAGUGAUGGUGUCAAGAUCACCGAGGCAAACGAAGGGGCAAAUGUCGAUGAUGAGCAAACUCAGGCGGAGCCCGAACUCGAAUCGUCAUCUGUCAACGCAGCUUAUGCUACUACGGUUCCGAGUCAAUGUCGAAUAACACCAUCUUCGAAAAGGAAGCAUGGUACAGCAGGCCAAUCGCCGGUGGUGACCGCGGAUGCAAAUGGCGCUGUCGCAGCCGGCGAGUGGCCUGCAUGCCCUCAACCCGCUCUCGACAAUCACGUGGACUCCUCCAUGCUGGAGAAGCUGCAGAACAAGUCCGCUACGAGUGACAGCAUGGAUCCACAAUGGGUGGUGCUGCGUUUCUCUGACUUCAAGCACGCCUACUUCGCACGGCUGCGACUGCUCCAGAAGUUCGCCGACGAACCGCGCAGCCUCGUAUCAUUCGAUACUAAGCGCUCCAUCUUCCACAACGGUUGGUUAACGUCAGCUGUGGAGUGUCGUUAUUUUCGCGCAGGGAAGUACGUCGAUCUUCCGCUGUUCCAGUACAGUCCCCGCACCGAAAACGACCCCUCUGUGGCACGAAUAUCGCAAGGUGUAGUAGAAGAUAACGUCGGCCUGGGUGCCGUUGGCGUGGAAGUUUCUUAG